AUGGCCAUCAUUGGGAUCACCAUGAAAUCAUUUCCUCUUCUUCUAAUUACCAUUUAUUUAGCUCUUGGAGUUGUUGCAAAUGGUGAGCCUAUGGGUAAGGCUUAUCCCAAUGGCUGGGAGCCAAUCGACCCUGAUGACUCCGUUCUCCUUGAGAUUGCAAGGUUCGCGCUGACAGAGCACAAUAAUGAAGACAAAGAUAGACUUGUGUUGAGUAGUGUGGUGAGUGGCGAGUUUCAGUUGGCGGAUUCUGGAUUUAACUAUCGGGUUAUUAUUGCGGCUAGUAAUGGUGGAGUCAUAGGGAAGUAUAUGGCUGUGGUAUGGGAGCAGUCCAAGGGUUGGGAUGGGUCUGCGGAGCUCGUAUCCUUCCAGCCUAUCCAGGCUUAA